UCUUUUCCUUCUUCCUUCUCUAUUCUUUACUCUCAGUCCUUCAACUACUUCUUAUUUCUCCAAACCCCCCCAACACAUUUUUUUUUAAAAACUUUUAUGCUUCUUCUUCUUCUUCUUCUUCUUCUUCUUCUAUUCAUUCUCAUUUUUCCUCUCUACUAUUGAAACAAGGAGAACUUAGAAUUUAAUUAAAAGGGUAGCAGAAAAAAAAAAAAGUAUAAGUAUACAGUUAGCUGUUGUUGUUUGUUUUGUCCCCCAAUGAUUAAAUUGGGUUCUUGCAGCUAGGAAAAGAAAAAAGAAAGAAGGGGAAGAGAAAAUGAAGUCCAUGAAUGAUAAUGAGGAUAGUAACAACAAUAAUAACAAUAACAAUAAUAGUUGGUUAGGAUUCUCUCUUUCUCCCCACAUGAAAAUGGAGGUUUCUUCUUCUGAUCAUCCAUAUAAUCAACACCAUUCUCAUCACUCUGCUUCGAAUCCUUUUUACUUAUCUCCUCACUUCAACAGCAAUAACACUGAAAUCUUUUAUGGGAUUCCUGAUAAUUCCUCUCUUCAUCAUCACUCUGCUGCUGCUUCCCUCUCUGUAAUGCCUCUCAAAUCCGAUGGUUCACUCUGUAUUAUGGAAGCCCUUUCAAGAUCUCAAACUGAAGGGAUGGUGCCGAGUUCUUCACCGAAACUUGAGGAUUUUCUUGGUGGUGCAACAAUGGGAGAUCGUGGUGGCUAUUUUAAUCAAAAUGCUGAAUCUGAAUCCGACAGGGAACAUUCUUUUGACCUUCUUCAAAGACCCAUUAGACAUAAUCAACAGAUUUUAAUUCAAAAUUCCAAUCAAUAUUAUUCUGGGUUACUUCCUUCUUCCAUUGGAAUUGGAACUUGUGAUCCCCAAAUUCUUCCUCCUGAUGACGACGGAAUCCCUUGCUUUAGAAACUGGGUUUCUCGUUCUCACUACUCCGCCACCCAUAAUACUCUCGAGCACCACAUUUCCGGCGGCGAUGGCGGCGGCGGCACUCUUAUGAAUGAAAGUAAUGGUGGUGGCUCUGCUUCUAUUGGCGGAAUGAGCUGUGGAGAAUUACAGUCGUUGAGUUUGUCGAUGAGUCCAGGUUCUCAAUCGAGCUCGUUCACGACUUCCGGUCAGAUCUCCCCUACUGGAGGCGACGGCGCCGCCGUGGAAACUAAAAAAAGAGGCCCCGGAAAACUCUGCCAGAAACAACCCGUUCAUCGUAAAUCCAUCGAUACUUUUGGUCAAAGAACCUCCCAAUAUCGUGGCGUCACCAGACAUAGAUGGACGGGGAGAUAUGAAGCUCAUCUGUGGGAUAACAGUUGCAAGAAAGAAGGGCAAACCAGAAAAGGAAGACAAGUGUAUCUUGGAGGAUAUGAUAUGGAAGAAAAGGCUGCAAGAGCUUACGAUCUUGCCGCCCUCAAGUAUUGGGGACCCUCUACUCAUAUUAACUUUCCGUUGGAUAAUUAUCAGACUGAACUAGAAGAAAUGAAGAAUAUGAGCCGCCAAGAAUAUGUUGCCCACUUGAGAAGGAAAAGCAGUGGCUUUUCAAGGGGGGCUUCAGUUUUCCGUGGUGUCACAAGACAUCAUCAACAUGGAAGAUGGCAAGCAAGAAUCGGUAGAGUUGCUGGAAACAAAGAUCUUUAUCUUGGGACAUUUAGCACGCAAGAGGAAGCGGCUGAGGCUUAUGACAUAGCAGCAAUCAAAUUCCGCGGUGUAAAUGCUGUCACCAACUUUGACAUUUCCAGAUAUGAUGUCGAGAAAAUCAUGGCUAGUAAUACUCUACUGGCAGGCGAGCUGGCUAGAAGGAACAAGGAUGUCGAACCAAGCAACGAUUCGUCAAUUGUUCCCUACGACUCCUCCGUUGUGUCAAAUAACAAUGGUGGGAUUGGGAUUGGGAUGGAAAUAAAUCCCGACAACACCGCAAAUGGUAAUGCUAAUGAUUGGAAAAUGGCAUUGUAUCAAAACCCAUCACACCACCAACAACAGGCAGCUGCCGCUGCUUGUGUUGCUGACUCUUUGGAUAAUCAUCACAGCAAGUCGAUGGCUAUGUCGGGCAGUUAUCGAAAUGCGUCGUUUUCGAUGGCAUUGCAGGAUUUGAUCGGGAUUGAAUCGUUAAGCGCUAAUACUCAUGGGAUUGAAGAUGAUGUGAGCAAACAAGUGACGCAUUUUUCGAAUUCGUCAUCGUUGGUGACGAGUUUGAGUAGCUCGAGAGAAGGUAGUCCUGACAAGACAAAUGUGUCAAUGACGUUUGGAAAGGCGCCACCCAUAAUGGCAUCAAAGCUAAUCGGUGCAACAAAUGGAGUUGGAGUCGGGUCUUGGUAUCCUUCCCCACAGCAGCUGAGGCCAACAGCAGCAGCCAUUUCCAUGGCACAUUUGCCUGUUUUUGCAACAUGGAAUGACACUUGAGAAAAACAAAACCCUUUUUCUUUCCCCCUUGAUUAACUUUGCAUUUUAGUUUCUUUUAAAUUUUGGUUUUUGCAUGAAGGUGAAAUGAAAAGAAAGAAAGCGAGGAAAAACUUAUGAUGAUGUCUAGGGGGCAAGAAAAGAAAAAAAAGAACCAAAGGGAUGGGUUUUGAGAAGAUAGAAUUUUGAUUACAAUCCCUUUUUUUUUUUCUAAGUUUGUCAGUGGGAGAAAGUGGGGUAAAGAAUAGGAAUCAGUAGGGUCCAAUUUCUGUGUCUGUAAUCCAUCUUUUUUUCAAACCAAACCUCUUGGCUCCUCUUAUUUUGCCAAUGAAAGCAAAAGGAAAAAGAAAUUGAAAGAAUUUUGUGGUAAUGAAAGAAAAAAAAAAAGAAAAGAAAAGAAAAGAAAAGAAAAGAAAAAAUGGGGAAGUAAUGAUUAAAUUCUCAA